UGUGGUGCCUGUGAGUGAGUGUGCUUGUACGUACGCGUACGCGUUGUGCCCAGUGUGUGCCUGGUCCUUGCAUCCAAAGAUCGUCCGGUUUUAGCAAGAACUACCAGCAAAGGUGAAAGCGAGUGAGCGAGUGAGUGCGAGAGCCCGUGCGAAAGAGAGAGAGAGAGCGAGCGAGAGAAAGAAAGUUCGUCUGUAUGUGCGCGUAUGUGUGUGUGUGAGUGUGAGUGUGAAAGGUAAAGGGCACAUAAAGCGCGUCGGAAAGGCAGCCGCAAAACACACGGUCAACUACAAUUUCUACUACUGUUUCUACUACUACUGCUAGUACUUGUACUACCACUACUACCACUACUACUACGCACGCAACCUCCUUCCGUACCGAUCGUACCAACAAGUGCAGCGUACGAAGACAUUUGACAAGCGCCUUCACCAUAAUGAUUAGCAUCUGGUACAACAAUGAGUCUAACCUAGAUUGGGUCCGCAAAGCUAACCGAUAGUAUAGAACCUACCCUAAUAAAGGGUUCGGAAGAAAACUACGCUAUCCGAGGAAAGUUAGCAAACAGCCGCCACAUUGCCCACAACAACCGCAACCAACAUCCUCCAAACCCUCACCGCAACAGCAUCAGCAGCAACAUCAGCAUCAGCAGCAGCAUCAAGCAGACGCACCGCAUUCCAGCACCUCGCAGUCCUCCCGCCGGCCACAUCAGCCACCGUCGUCGUCGUCGUCGUCGUCGCUGGUACCCACCACCUCCUACUCCACGUCCGGCGAACCGCGGGCCGCAGGUCGACGCAACUCGAAGCAACUGCAACGCGACGAGCUGGCCGCCAAGAUGGGCAAGCACGACAUGAAGCGCGGCAUUUCCCAGCGAUCCUCGGAUGCCGGUGAAUCUCCCAAGCAUUAUGCUUCAACAAAUUUAGUUGGCAAAUUUACACAAAGCGUCAGACGAAUAGUGCAAGAUGUGAAGGAUGAAGGUUCGCCGAGUGGUAUGAGCCGUGAAGAACUGAUCGAGACGAACGAACGGCUCCGAGCGGUCCGUAUCCGAUUGGAGGAAUCGUACGAUACCGCCAAGAAGGCACUGGUCAACCUGAUGAACAAAUACGGCGACUCCAAGAGCCAGCGUAACAUCUUCAAUCGUUAUCCGAUGCUGAAGCUCAUGAUUAAGGAUGUGAUCCGGUUGGAAACGCAGUACUGGACCCUGGUCGAGAUCCCGAAGCAGGAAAAGCUAGAAACUGUUCCGGCCUUCGUACUGCGUGCCUGUAGCAUUAUGGAGAAAUCGCAAAAAUCGGGCGAAGGUGUGAAGACGUCCGCCAAGCUGGCAGAGGAGGCGGCCGAACGGCGCGAACGAAUGGAGCGACUCGAAACUAUGACCACGGCACAGAUCGAGCAGGAAAACACGCAGAUGAUAAACGAUUUGUAUCGUCUGCUGAAAAAGUACACCGGUCUAAGGAACUUGAUUCGAGAGCUGAAGUCCGAGUAUGGCAACUCCAAAAUCUACCCAAUCUUCCCCCGGUACACGAUGCUGAAGGAUAUGAUCAAGGACAUUAUGCACGAUCCGGACUAUAUGGAGGUUUGCCACGAGGUGGACAACUGAAAUCACCAGAAAUAAAACCCGCUCGUCAUCGAAUCGAACGUCUAACCGUAGACACUCAUUGCGAUGAAGGGCGAGUUUUAUAGGCUCUGCGCGACGAUACCUCGCUGCGCGUUUUAUUUGUUUUGUCUUCACUUUCGGAGAACCUAUAUAUCGGAAACGGACGGUGUGGAAAAUCGGUAUUUCCGCAUCCCUAAUAUCAGGCUGUACAAAAACAAAGGAGGAAAACCCUGCGCCAUAUCUUCGACGCUGCAAUACACAGUCCAUAUCAUUAGUUCGCUUGGUAGAGCUGUGGACAAGGAUCACCCACCCUUCUCCGGUACACAACAUCAUCAUCAUCGGUGCUGGCUUUACACUGACUCUGGUUUAACAGUUAUUGGCGUCUGUUUUUUGGGGAAUAGGUGAUGACGUUCGUUUGAAGUGUGAAUCAACAAUCAAUCAAGGGCCUUAGGGAGGGGAACAACGACACACACACGCACAUCCGUGAUGGUGUCACACGGAAGUAUCUCGAAUAUCAGGCUCUUCUCCCCUCCUGCAGGAUGUCCUUUCCAUGUGUUUUUACCUUUUCCCGUCGCCAUCUUUUUUUUUUUGGGCAAUCUCCAGUAAUGGGUGACUUUAGACGAGAGGCUUCGCUUGGUUUGUUCUGUUGACUACCGUCCGUUAACAGCCGCUUAUUGUAUAAGAAUUUGCAUCUAUGGACAAUGCACUGAGCGCAAAGGCUUGUUUUCAUUGUUUAUGGACGCAGAUGCUUAAAUGCAGUCGUAAGUAGCUAAGCUUUGCGAGCUCCAUGCACGAUCGUAACGGCGGAUUGGGUUAAUUUGUUUGCCCCUUUAAGAAAAUUCCAGAAAUCCCCACAAAUUCCAAUGGGGAGUUCUUUUAUCUAAGCAAAAGUAGUAGCAGAAUAAAUGAGAAAAUGAAGGUAGAACGGAUACUUACAAAAGUUAUUGAAACAAGAACAAAACAAAAAAAAAACAAACAUUGAUGAAAUGACCCACCUAUCUCUACACGAACAAUGUAUUCAAUACAACAACAACAAAAAGAAAAGAAACAAAACAAAUAGGGAUGAUAAAAGAACACAACUAUUUUUGCACAGAUAGUAUUUACAUAUUCAAUCGAUUUUCUUUGUUAUUCCUUUGGAUCACAACUAGGCACACACACACACAAAAACACAUCACACAUCACACAAAAUCAUCGUACUACACAAUCAAUCAUCCAACGUAGACAAAACAAAAACUAAGGACACUUACACAACGUAGGACACGCCAAACACGUGGAACCAAAUUUGUGGCACAACAGCAAAAGCGAAAAGCAAAGCGAACAAAUUAGUUGAGAAAAAAAACAACAAGUCAAAGAAGAAAAGGGAAGAAACACUACAUUAGGAAACGUAAAAAUCUAAACAUUAACUAAAGCAAAAGACCAAUUCAAUAAUACAAAACUCAUCACUAUACAACGUUAGCGACAAAGUAGUUGAGGGAGGCGAAGCUGAAAUAAAGUCAAGUCGUAAAGUAAAAGACAAUGCAAAAACAUUGCUGACACCUUAGGCAUCAAUUUUCAAUGUUCAAGCACACAAGUUGGAAGAAGAAGACAGAACAGAUAAAAAAACAGAGAAAAAACUCGAACGAGAAAAUAAAACGCAAAAAACUAGGGAAACAACUACCAUAAUCAAUUUAACGAAUGAAAACAUUAGAAAACAUUUGGAAAACAAAGCAAGUAGAAACAUUCAGUGACAGAGGAGAACAAGUGACCCCUCGAGGAAACAGUUGCUUUCAGUUUUCCCAGCCGUUUUAUGUGUAAGUGUUUCAAGCUCUUUUUUCCCGGUCUCCCACCAAAAAGGACGCUGGUGGUUGGCCUACUUAGAAAAGAUGGAUAACAAAUUUGAUACAAAACGACUAAAGUAAACAAAAAAAUGAACAUUAACAAACAGUACACGCGGUCCGACGAUUGUGGGCAAGUAGACGGUAAAAGAAUUGUAACAAAAUACAUAAAGACACAAAACAAUGGAAUUAUAACAGCAAAAAAAAACAAAAACAUCACACACUCAUUGAAAAAAAACUAUAAAGGAAACUCACAAGAGCUGGAGCUUCUCGCCUUUUUACACACAAACACACAAAAACGAUUGAUGGAAAACUUGCAAGCGUAGGACAAAAGUGCGAACCUAAAAAAUACAACAGACAGCCAAACGGUAGUGAUGAUUAGAAAUUGUGGUAUUAUGUGACAGACGGCAGUGGCAAACAAAACAAGAAAAAAAAGCAGCAACAGAAAACUAGCACAACCAAACCAAACCACGCAAACAAAACAGUGCAACCAAAGCGCAGGAAAAUAGUAAACGCUGAAGUAAGAAUAUAUGCAAAACAUUAGCUGUGUUGUUAGGUGGCGGCCAUUUGUGUGGAGUUGUGGCGGAGGGACCCGACCCGACCCAACAGACAAAUAUUCGUGGAUAACAAUAACGUAGAUAGAAAUCAAUAAUAGUGAUGUAAAACGUGGUAUGGCAUGUAACAGCAACAACAGCAACAAAAAGACAACACAUAAAACGUUAAACCUCUUGAAAAGGGGGGCAAAUGCGGAACCGGUAGGAAACUAUGGUAGACGGAACAGGUAAAGGUACGGACAAAAACCCAGGCGUAAGGAACAUUCCCACUACACUGAACCUCUACACCUAUUGUGCAGCUUAUCAACAGCAGGAAUGUUACAACCGGCUCGGCAAAAAGUGACCAACAAAGCAACACACGCACAACAAGAUUGUAUGUAGUUACGGAACUGGGGCAAGCAAACUCGAAUCGUGCUAAUGGCAUUUGUCACCUUGGUGUGUGUAUGUGCGCGUGUGUGUGUGCUUUCAUUAGCUAAUCACAUGGCUACUUACCGGGAUAGUGCUUGCUAGUGAUACUUUGAACUUUAUCUUACAUGGAAAUGGAUCUUUGAAAGAUUCACAUUUAGUUAUUUGAUGUAUCCGCCAUCUUGGAAAGGUAUUACGAAUAUCCAAGUGCGAAAGGUUGCUUGCAUUAAAGCUACUACUUAAACACUCAUUUAUCAUUCACUUAAGUACUCACAUACCUACUGAGACUUGAGCAGUUGUUAGUCCGUAGGCACUUCGCCUGAUUGAACAAUUCCCGGUUCCCGGAUCGAACAAUCGGUUAGGAAGUGAAUUCUCUAUAAAGAUUCUCUCCUCUGACAAUCCAAAAGUGACUCCACCUAUCUUAGUAGCCAGAGUUGAAAUAACUCUGUAUACCAAUCCUUCCAAGCCAAACGUAACAAGUAACAAAAAUAAGAAACCUUUCUGGAUUCUGUUUACAUCAUUCAUAAGUGACUCAUUUUUAACACCAAUUCCGGUAGCGUAAUUGGAACUGUCAUUAGUUCCUCAAGAUAUCUCGGUCGAAGUGACGAGAAUGCGACCAAUUUAUAGGUUACGAACAAUCGGCACUCGUACGGUAUCGGGUCGCAAGCCCCUGCAUUUAUGCAAUCAAACAGUCGAGGUCAAAUGAAACCGUAAGUAGACAGGUGCAAGGACAUGAAACAAAGACGCACCCAUACACAUACACAGACACACACUACCACGUAUGAGAGCCAUCUUUCCCAUGUUAAUAGUCGUUUAGACCUUGCUUUCGCAUUACGUUUGCGUUACACUUUCAAGUAGCCAAGUGCCCGUCAGCAUUACUGUACAAGUAAAACGCACAUUUGAGGCCAUAGUUUCCGAUUCCCUGCACUAGAAAUGCAAGCGAAUACAUUUAAAAACAAAAUACCUAGCGGCCGAUCGGUUUUUUGCUUCGGAACACUGUUCGUACUGCAAUAGAAUUGAGUUGAGUUUGAACGUUUCGAACCGGGCUCCCAACCAACAAACACUCACCCACACACACACACUCACUCACGCUAGCACGCCAUUUAAACGAUAAUCCAAUCCUUAAUCACUAAUCCCCCCUAAGGCUCGCUUCACUUAGGUUUUCUCCGGGCAGGAAACUAGAGCAUUUAGAAGUGUUGCAUUCAGAACUUGUACAUACGCAGCAAUUGUUGUAUAGUUGUGCUUAAGUUUGGCUUAGUGUGAAAGAUGCAAUGAAAAUUUGAAGAAAAAAAAACAACCAAGACACGAACUCAAAGCGACACAAAGAAACAAAACAGUUAAAAGACAAAGUCAAACAAAACAAACAAAAGAGAAAAGAGCAAAAUAAAACAGGAAAAGCAUUCAAGAGACCGGCACAACUGGCGAAGAAAUCAACCAAUAUUAUAUUAUACACGCGCGCAAAAUGCUAGUGCAUUAGCCCGGAAGAGCAGUUUAGUAUAGCGAGACAGUUGAACAUAAAAACAAA